CGGGUGAUGAUCACUGCGUAAAUAGAGCACGUGAUUUGUGUCCCUUAUGCCGUGGCACUCUCAGGCAGGACUGGAUGGCAGAUGACCGGAUGAAGUGUGCCGCCAUGGAGCUGCACGGCGCGCGCAUCUACUUAUGCAACUGUCUGAUAAGAUGCUGUAAAUUUUAUCUUGCCUUCAUCCAUCCAAGCCUCUAAGCAUUAGCCAUUGCCAACAUGAAGAUAGCUGUCACCGGCUGCAACGGACGCGUCGGUCGGCGCGUCGUCAUUCACUGUCUCAACGAGGGCCAUUCCGUAGUUGGUGUUGACUUCUCAGACCCUCCCCUUGAUGACGUCGCAGUUCGGAGGGCUACGGAACACGAAGCGUUUUCGUUUGUCAAGACUGAUUUGCGCGAGUAUGAUGAAGUUGUUAAAGUGCUUAGGGGAUGCGAUGCUGUUGCGCAUUUGGCUGCUUUUCCGAACCCGGGUGAUGGAAAGGUGCAGACGCAUAAUAGUAAUGUAGUCAUAUCAUGGAACAUGCUUCGAGCAUCGGCUGAGCUCGGGAUCAAACGUAUCGCCCAAGCUUCAACAUGCAACGUCGUUCAACUCGUUUACAGUAAAAACGGGCCAAACCCCAAGUACUUCCCGAUCGACGAAGACAUCCCGUGCGAUCCCGACGAGCCGUAUGGCCUUUCAAAAUUAAUAGCAGAAAUCCAAGCAGAAAGCAUCGUUCGACGUUAUCCCGAAAUGCGUAUUGCAAGUCUACGCAUGCACUGGGCAGUCCCAGACCGAGCGUACGCAACGCGUGACACUCCAGAGAGACGACGUAAAGACUUGUGGGGAUGGCUGCACCAUGACUCUGCUGCUAGCGCAUUUCUCCUUGCGUUAACAGUUGGUGAGGAUCGCUUUAAGGGACACGAGGCGUUCUACAUUGCUGCACCGGAUAGUGCUGAAGAGUGGGAUAGCGAGGACCUGCGUCAACAGUUCUAUCCUGACGUGCCUGUGAAGGAAGGGAAGACGCUGAGUAGCAAUGAGAGUUUUAUUUGUUGUGAGAAGGCGCGGAGGAUGCUUGGAUGGGUGCACAAGGAGCCCACAGGAGAAUAAUAAAGUAGAAGAGAUUUGCUUGUUAUAUCAGACUCAGAGAUUGAAUUUAUGGUAAG